AUGGGCAAAGGAUACAAAAAAUCAUAUCCAGCUCCGCAACCUCCGAAUUCGGGACGACCACCACCACCAAAUAUUGCUUUCGAUCCAAGUCGUCCACCUCCACCUCUGAACCAGAAUCCGAGUUACGAUCAGCGGCCAGGAUUACUGGGACCUCCAUAUUAUGAUCAAACUGUGAUGAUACCUCAUCCCCUGCCACCGAUGCCACCUGGCCUUCAGCCGAGUUAUCAGCAGCAUCAGCAGCAUCAACAGCAGUAUUAUCAGGACCCAAUUGUAAUGGUAGCUCAUCCCCUGCCACCUGGUUAUCAGUGGAGUUAUCAGCAGCUACAACCGGAUCCGUCCACGAUGGUCCACUAUCCAAUGCCACAGCUCGGACAGAUGCCAUCUGGAUAUCAGCAAGUUCAGGAUCCUACAACAAUCAUGCCUCAUUCAAUGCCAGUUUCCGGACACUUGCUAGAUCAUCAAGGCCAGGAUUCUUCAACGAUGAUGCCUCAUCCAAUGCCAUAUCACCACCAUCAACCGCCACAGAACCAUCAACAAACACAGCAGGAUUCUCUUCCUCCACCACAGAAAUCGACUGUGAGAACAGUGCAGACCGAACUCGGUCCCACCUCUUACCGGCAAAUUGUCGGUAACGAAUACGAAGUUCUCUUCCCAGGAAAAAAGGGUACAGAACGUGUAUUCAAGGAGAAUCCUGAAGAAACGAUCAGAGAACUGGCUGCGAGAAUCAGAAAAGGGCCUACGGGCAAACUUGAAAAAAUAGAGCGAAGAAUAGAGCAUUUGGUAAAAGAAGUUGCAGCUUUGAAGCUCAAUUGCGUUCGACAACCAGAGCCAGAAAAGCUGUCGCAAGUCUGUCAAUGCGUUGCUGACACGAAAGUCAUGGAACCGGAACCAUCAUCCACUCUGCCACAAAUCGAGGAGGUUGUCGAAGCUGGUUCUUUGAUUCUCCGCUCGGAAGCUGUGCCAGAAAUUGAGAAUGAGGAUGAGCACGUCAAGGAUAAGGAACAACUUGAGCCAGCAACCUCGAAUUCUUCUCCGGAGACCAUCUCAAACGCCGUCGGAAACUCACCAACCGCAGAGGAGAUUCGCCAAAAGAAAGCUGCCGAGAAAAAAGCAAGAAUAGACGCAGAACAGAAGAGGAUUCUGGAGAAGAAGCUCGAAAAGGAACGCUUCAAGAAACAUGAGAAGGAAAAGAAGAAAAGGGAGGAGGAGGAGCGAAAAAUGAAAAAGGAAGCGGAACGGAUUCGGAAGCAGAAAGAGAAUGAAGAGAAAACCGCCAAAGAACGUGCUCGUCGUGAGCAAGAAGAGAAGGAGAUGAAGGAGAAAGACAAGCAGCAAAGAAAGAAGCUCCAUGACCAGAAAAGGGCAAAAAGAGUUCAGAAGAAAAUGCGGAAGGAGCAGAAGGAAGCCGAAAAGAUUGCGGAACAAACUGCGGAGAAUGCGAUGUGGGAAGAUAUAUGUCAAGAGUCGGCCGAAUACAACUUCCACGCCGCAAUCACCUCACGCGCGCUAUCCGACACAGAAAUUGAGCUUGUUCUCAACGAUAAAUUUCCGGAAGGAUUCAAUGUCGAGCGAAUUGAAACGAAACCAAAUUUUGUGAAAAAGAAUGGAAAUGAAAUUCGAUUCGAAGGAGCCGAAGGUGAAGAUGAGGCGACUGACAAUGGUGCAGCUGGAUCUUCUGGAGAGCACAGUCAAAUGGAUGGAGACGAAGGAUCCACAAAGGAGACUCCAAUCCUAGUUAGCAGCCGCAGACGUUCCUCACAAUCCACCAUAUUUGAAACCAUCUCGGAAGCAGACGAGUUAGCAGAAGAAGUUGAAAUUCAGGAGGAAUUGAGAAGAGAAGAAUUGAGAAGGAGUCGUAAACGAUUUUCGUCAACUACAUAUGACUUGUCAGACUUCGAAGAACCGGCAGAAGAAGCUGACGUUCAGCAGGAUGGAGAGGUGGACGAAUCGAGAGAAGGAGAGUCCGAAGAUCCUGGUAAGUCGUUACGUUUCCGGGUAUCAAAGGUUUGUGAAAAAAAAGUUUGUUUUGGAUUUUUCUUUGUUUAUGAAUUUUUCGACAAUUCUCGAAAUUUUUGGAAUUUUCGUUCGGUUUCGGUUCCACAUACCUCUCGUACUUGUCCAGCCAAAACAAUUUCAGCUCCAGAGGUGACUCCAGAAGCUUCGUGGCCAAAGCUAGAAUUGAUUCCAGCGGAGCAAGUCGAUGAUGACACUUAUGCUGUUUAUGACGAAAAUGGAGUGCAGUAUUUUGAAGUGAUCGGAGAAGAAGCUGAGGAUGAGGAAGAUGAAGCUGAUGAGGAGGUAGAGGAUUGA